AUGGACCCUGCUUCCGCACCUGGGGGGGAAUGGGCACAGGGUCCCCGUGCCCAUGUGUGUGACUGUGCCCCGCGCCUGCCCCCCCAGAAGCUGCAGCAGGAGCUGGAGUUCCUGGAGGUGCAGGAGGAGUACAUCAAGGACGAGCAGAAGAACCUGAAGAAGGAGUUCCUGCAUGCGCAGGAGGAGGUCAAGCGCAUCCAGAGCAUCCCCCUCGUCAUCGGCCAGUUCCUGGAGGCCGUCGACCAGAACACGGCCAUCGUGGGCUCCACCACAGGCUCCAACUACUAUGUGCGGAUCCUGAGCACCAUCGACCGGGAACUGCUGAAGCCCAACGCCUCGGUGGCGCUGCACAAGCACAGCAAUGCGCUGGUGGACGUGCUGCCCCCCGAGGCUGACAGCAGCAUCAUGAUGCUCACCUCUGACCAGAAGCCGGACGUGAUGUACGCGGACAUUGGCGGCAUGGACAUCCAGAAGCAGGAGGUGCGCGAGGCUGUGGAGUUGCCGCUUACCCACUUCGAGCUCUACAAGCAGAUUGGCAUUGACCCCCCGCGAGGUGUCCUGAUGUAUGGGCCCCCUGGCUGCGGCAAGACCAUGUUGGCAAAAGCCGUGGCUCAUCAUACUACAGCGGCAUUCAUCCGGGUGGUGGGCUCGGAGUUCGUGCAGAAGUACUUGGGCGAGGGGCCACGCAUGGUACGGGACGUCUUCCGCUUGGCCAAGGAGAACGCACCUGCCAUCAUCUUCAUCGACGAGAUCGAUGCCAUUGCCACUAAGCGCUUUGAUGCCCAGACCGGGGCUGACAGGGAGGUGCAGCGCAUCCUGCUGGAGCUGCUCAACCAGAUGGACGGAUUUGACCAGAACGUCAACGUCAAGGUGAUCAUGGCAACAAACCGGGCAGACACGCUGGACCCAGCACUGCUGCGGCCUGGCCGCCUGGACCGCAAAAUUGAGUUCCCGUUGCCCGACCGGCGCCAAAAGCGCCUCAUCUUUUCCACCAUCACCAGCAAGAUGAACCUGUCGGAGGAGGUGGACCUGGAGGACUACGUGGCCCGGCCGGACAAGAUCUCGGGAGCCGACAUCAACUCCAUCUGCCAGGAGGGUGGGAUGCUGGCUGUGCGUGAGAACCGCUACAUCGUGCUGGCCAAGGACUUUGAGAAGGCCUACAAGACUGUCAUCAAGAAGGACGAGCAGGAGCACGAGUUCUACAAAUGAGCCACAGGGGCCGGGGGGGCAUGUCUGGUAUGUCGGGGAUAAAUAAACGGGUCCCUGCUG